UGAAAUAAUCAUGUGAAUAUUAUACCAUUAUACCAUGAUGUUACUGUGUGAUACAUCAUUCUAUCCACUGUAGCGCUUCUCAGUGAGGAAGGUGCCGUACAGCCGCAAUCCUGAGCCGUCAUCCGUGUCCGUAAUUUUCCCGCGCUUUCCACACAAAGAUAUUGAAGCAAUGGCCCCUGGAAGGAAGUCAGUGAAAUCGACAAAGACUGUCCAAAAUGACAAAGUCCAUCCAUUUAACAUUGUCGGUGCUGAACAGAAGGCUCUUAGUGGAUCAGAUGAAGACAUUUCAGAAGAUAAGAAUUUAAUAAUUGAUAAACAUGGGAAAAAACGUCCUGUACCAGUGAUAAAUCAAGAUGAAAAUGACAUGGGUGGAGAGGUUCAGAAUAUGCUAGAGCGAUUUGGAGCGGACAUUAGCAAGGCUCUAUUAGCAAAGCGGAAGAGGUUGGAAAUGUACACAAAAGCAUCCUUAAAAACCAGUAACCAGAAGAUUGAAAAUGUUUGGAAAACACAACAAGAGCAAAGACAGAAGAUGAACAAUGAGUAUUCUCAACAAUUUCAGGAAUUAUUUCAGCAGUGGGAAGUUGAUAUGCAAAAAGCAGAAGAGCAGGAAGAAAAAGUAACUAAUAUGUUCCGUCAGCAACAGAAGCUUUUUCAACAAGCCAGAAUAGUUCAGAAUCAGAGACUGAAAACAAUAAAGCAACUCUAUGAACAGUUUUUUAAGACCAUGCAUGAACUAGAAAAAAACAAUGAAAACCUCUUAACUGAUGCUCAGAAUGAGCUCAAGAAGGAAAUGGCUAUGCUACAAAAGAAAAUUUUGAUGGACACUCAACAGCAAGAGAUGGCAAGUGUUCGAAAGUCUCUUCAGUCAAUGUUAUUCUGAUGGAUCCCUGAUGGAAUAACUUGUACCUAUGUAACAUAUAAUAUAUAAUUAUCCAUCAGAUAAUUUCAAGUCAUAAUUUAGAAAGUUAUGUUUGUUUUAUAGAACUAAAUAGGACAAUGUUAUGUAUAUGUCAAACAAAAGCACAAAUAUUUGUUAAAGGAUUCUAUGAGAAUAGAAAGUGGGAAUCUGUGUAAUUUUUUUUCUUUUCAAGGCAUGUAUUCAUGUUAACGUUUAAAAGUGUUUUAUUCUCAUGAAAACCAGUUUACUUUACAUUAGAGUAUACUUAUUAAAUAGUCUAUGCCUGUGUAUGUUUUGCAAACUAAUAACUUUAUAUUAUACAGAUCCCAAACAUGCAUUGCAUUUAACUAUUUAGUAAUGUCAAGCAGACUAUAUUAGAGUCCACUUUAGCAAAAUAAAAAUAUAAAAUAAAAAUGAGAUUUUCCUUUAUAUAUGGUAUAACAAAAUUGCUAGCCUUUUCACUAGUUGUCUAGUGUGCAGAAUUUAAAGCACAACACGAUAAU